AGCUCCCACGCGGGUUCCCGGCUUCCGACGGGUGCCCCGUGACUUUCAUCCCGCGCGCGUCAUCCCACCGCGCGGCGCUUCCAUGUUGUGGCCACGAGUCGCAACCUUGAUCUGGUAAGGAACCCCUCCGACGACCUCGAGAAACACCGUUCUCGACGAGGCGGUCGGAUGCUGGACGCUGGUUUGGUGCUCUACUCUGGGCUGGUGGUCCUCUUCAUUUGGCGAUUCCUUUCAGGAUGGAGACUCUGUGGAGCUUGGAUGGAAUAUGCCAACUACUGCAUGCUUCUCUAUAUGCUCCUGCUAGUCUUGAACGUCUAUGGAAUUUAUACCUUCAUUGAGUUGGCGAUGCAGCCCGAAGGUCAGAAGGUUUUUCAGUCGCUCCCGCGCUGGAUGAAGCCACUCAUGCUGGGGACGCCCUUCGCGGCAGUGGUCACAUACCUGUUGGCCUUCAUCCAGACCGGGCAACAUGUGAACGAGAUUCGCAAGGGCCAGGGCACGCUGAAACACGCCCCUCGGGGGGGACUUCGUGUUCGGUCGGAGGACCGUGCGGUGCAGAUCAUUGCACUACCAGCAGUGUUUGGGUGCAUGGCGAUGAAUGCUUUGACAAAGAUGUUUGAAGGCGCUGCCCAGUUCAACGUCGAGGAGCGCCUGGGUGUGGAAUUGCUGUCGCUGCAUCGACCGGCGAACCACACCGACGAGAACGCGACCCAGUUCUACUUGGCUCAGGUCGAGACCUGCUACCAGGUGGGUGAUUUGUACGAGGCCUGGGCGUUGUAUCAGUUCUGCAAGAUGACCCUGGAAAUUCUCAAGAGCUGUUUGGAGAAGAUGGCCAAGGAGCAGGUCCAGGAUGAGCGGCGGAGCGUGGCGUCGGGGCUGCUGGUGGCGCACAAGUCUUUGGCUGACAUUGCUUACACUGGCGUCUUCAUGUUUCUGGUGGUGUGUUGCGCGGAAGCCAGCUGGUCCUUGUACCUGCUCACCUUCACGAACCCGGAGGAGAAUUGGGGAGCUUACAACAGCCAGAUGGGGAAGUUCCAAGCAGCGGGUUUGGUGACUUCCAUGGCAGCGAUCUACAACCUCAACACGGUCGAGAUGGAAUUCCACGACUACUUUGAAAGCUUUACGCCGUUGCUGAAGUUCUUGACGGUGAAGAUCUUGCUGUCCUUGGCCUACUUUCAGAAGGGCUGCGUCUACGUGCUACAGACGGUGAACCGCUCGCUGCCCAACCUGCUGCAGUCGGUGAUUGCCGCGGUGCCCUUCGUUAAGGAGCUCGUGAGCAUGGGUGAUACUGAGUUCUACCUCUUCUAUUCCUCUCUGAUCCUCUACGAGUGCGUCUUGGGCGUCUUCUUUCAUUGGUUUGCUUGGCCGUCGGACGAGCAGUUCUACGGCUUCGAGCUCGAAGGCACCGAGGCCGAAAAAGCGCCCCUCCUCGAGAAGGCCUGAGUGGCCAGCCUUGCUGCAGACACCAGACAUCCGAAAAAAGGGGAGGAUUGGUGAGAGACCUUGGGCUGGAUGGGUUUGGAACAUGGAGACUUCACCUUGUCCAUGAAGACUGACUUCCCUUGCGUUCGCGCCAUGCGUAGGUUGGCCAUGAGGUUCCUCACG